GGCGGAGCUAAGAUGGCUGAGGAGAGACUCGCUACGAGAACUCAAUUUCUUGCAUCUGCUGAAUCUCAAAAACCUCAGCUGAAAAAAGGCAAUGCUGGAUCCUUAACCCACUGUGCCAAGCUGGGGAUCAAACCUGUGUCCUAGCGCUCCAGAGACACUUCAUUGCAUCAAGUGGACACUUCAGGGGAGAAUGGACUGAGCAAUGAUUUGGAAUACAAGAAAUUCAGCUUAUACAUUUACAGCUCCAGAAUUUCCUAUUUUGGAGAAGCAGAACUGGCUGAUACAUCUCCACUAUAUCCGGAAGGAUUAUGAAGCAUGCAAGGCUAUUAUCAAAGAACAGCUUCAGGAGACUCAGGGGUUAUGUGAAUAUGCUAUCUAUGUCCAAGCAUUGAUAUUUCGCCUGGAAGGAAACAUCCAAGAAUCCCUAGAACUCUUUCAGACUUGUGCUAUUCUCAGCCCUCAGUGUGCUGAUAACCUCAAGCAGGUGGCCAGAUCUUUAUUUCUUUUGGGAAAACAUAAAGCUGCUACUGAAGUAUAUAAUGAAGCAGCUAAACUUAACCAGAAAGAUUGGGAGAUCUGUCAUAACCUGGGAGUUUGCUACAUUUAUCUGAAACAGUUUGACAAGGCACAGGACCAGUUGCACAAUGCCCUACAUCUUAACAGGCAUGAUCUCACUUACAUAAUGCUGGGCAAGAUCCACUUGCUGGAGGGAGACUUGGACAAGGCCAUCGAAAUCUACAAGAAAGCAGUAGAGUUCUCUCCAGAAAAUACAGAACUUCUUACAACUUUAGGAUUACUCUAUCUACAGCUUGGCAUUUACCAGAAGGCAUUUGAACAUCUUGGAAAUGCACUGACUUAUGACCCUACCAACUACAAGGCUAUCUUGGCGGCAGGCAGCAUGAUGCAGACCCAUGGGGACUUUGAGGUUGCCCUCACCAAAUACAGAGUUGUAGCUUGUGCUGUUCCAGAAAGUCCUCCCCUCUGGAAUAACAUCGGAAUGUGUUUCUUUGGCAAGAAGAAAUACGUGGCAGCUAUCAGCUGCCUGAAACGAGCCAACUACUUGGCACCCUUCGAUUGGAAGAUUCUGUAUAAUUUGGGCCUCGUACACUUGACUAUGCAGCAGUAUGCCUCAGCUUUCCAUUUCCUCAGUGCAGCCAUCAACUUCCAGCCAAAGAUGGGGGAGCUGUACAUGCUCUUGGCUGUGGCUCUGACCAACCUGGAGGAUCCAGAGAAUGCCAAGAGAGCCUAUGCAGAAGCAGUGCGCCUGGAUAAGUGUAACCCUUUAGUAAACCUCAACUAUGCUGUGCUGCUGUACAACCAGGGCGAGAAGAGGGGUGCCCUGGCCCAGUAUCAGGAGAUGGAGAAGAAAGUCAACCUACUCAAGGACAGUAGCUCUUUGGAGUUUGAUCCGGAGAUGGUGGAGAUGGCCCAGAAGCUGGGAGCUGCUCUCCAGGCUGGCGAGGCACUGGUAUGGACUAAACCAGUUAAAGAUCCCAAGUCAAAGCACCGGACUCCUUCUACCAGCAAAACCACCAGUGUCCAGCAGCCUCUGGGCUCUAAUCAGGCCCUAGGACAGGCAAUGUCUUCAGCAGCCACAUACAGGAAGCUCCCCUCAGGUGCCGGAGGAGCACCCCAGCCCACAAAGCCACCAUCUCUUCCUCUGGAGCCAGAGCCCACUGUGGAAGCACAGCCAACUGGAGCGUCAGCACAAAUAAGAGAAAAACAGGUGUAGGAUGACCCCAGAGUUGGGAGUUUCUUUAGCGAGGAUGUACCAGGUUAGGUAGGGAAGGUCAGUGACACAGGCAGCGAGGAGGCCAGCAUGUUCCCCGGGCACCACGAAUUAGAACCCAGAACGUGUUAUGACAACCAUGAGGAGCCUGCACAGCCCCCACUGCUCCGUCAGCCAGGAAGGGGAGAGAAGAAAGCCCAGACAGGUUUUUUUAAGAAUUGAGAACAAGGCUUAUGGCUCUGUGUAUGUAGUUCCCAGAGCCAGCCUAGGCACGGGAUAUUGUUUGCUUUGAAAAGGAUUUAAUUUCCUGGCUGAGAGGAAAGUGUGAGACAGACCUCUGCUCAGUAGUCCUGUCGUGACGAAGCCUUGGCUUAGCUGAGGUGACCCUAGGGCUGUAGGGUAUACCAGCCACCCAGGCAAAUACAAAUCUUGGAUUAAUAAUUCGGCUCCAAUAGUCUAAAUUUAAAAGAAAAAAAUGAUGAAAAAAAGCUCUUUCGAUUAAAGUCCAGCCUAUUGAGUGUCCCAGCUGCAUUCACUCAAGGAAUCCAAAACAAUAUCCCUAUGUCUCGUUCUUGAGCAGGUUCACAAGUGCAGAGCCAGAUCAUGUCAGUAUGAUGAGAAGUAGAGACCAAGGGCUGAUUGGGUGUCAGCACCAAAGAUUAAAAAAAAAACCCCAAAACUUCUUAACUGAGUUAUUUUUAUUUAAGACAAUCUGUGAUACCACUGACCAGAUGCUACCAGUACAUUAUAUAUCCUUUUCAGAAUAAAGAUCAUGUUGUCAUCCCCUUGGGGAAAGUUGUUAUUCAGGUAUAAACAUAAGGAAUCACAAUAAAAGCUUUUUGAAAGAA